UUGGGACGUAUAUUCGCUUUCGGUUUAAUGGAAAUUCGAGGAGUCCACGUGUUUGUUGUGCAUCCAGGACUAUCAGUGUAUUCCCAUUACCUAACAUUCGUAUCCGAAUAAUGUAGGCGAGCGGCUGGUUGUUUUUCAACUGAUUGGAGAUAAUUAUCGGUCGAAUAAUUAACUAAUGACUAUUGACAAAGUCCAUAGCCUCAUUUAUAAACAAUAGCUGCGUCCGAUUUACAGAAUUCUUUCAUUUUGAUUUGAGAUCCUCACGCUAGUAUUUAAUGAUGAUUUCGAAAGGCUCGAUUCGAUGGUUUCAAUGAAUGGGACCUUCUUUAAUUACAACCUCUUUGCGCCCAACAACGCUAGAUAAUCUCCUUUCCGCGUUUCUUCCUUCGAAAAUUUGAAUACCUUCAAGGAGGCACUCCUAUGGUUCACGCGCGACAGUCACGUGCGCGCCAAUUUUCAAAUUUGAUUUGAAUGCAAUUAACAUAACGUCGCCUUUUGUGGUGCAGUGAUUGUGUGCCGAAACCGCGCAUCCUGGCGCAAUCAUUAACAGUGCACAGUGUAAAAGUGUAGCGAAGAAGAGUUUUCAGAUAAUCAGUGAUUUGGAGAGUGAGUUUGGUAUUUGUGUAUGGCAAACCCCAAUUUUUUUGGUGACACCCAACACCCUUCACCUUUCGCUACCAAUUGCAGGGAUUACACAGUCUUGUUACGAUCCCUAACUUAAAGCCGUCUGGAUGUGAAGGCUCGCUUUCCCAGAUUUCCCCUUUUUGUGUAAAAAAAAGUGUUUCAAUUUGUGGCGUGAAAUCGGGACUUGUCGUGCGUCCUAAAUAAUUUAAGAGGAUAAGGUUUUUUUGUUUCGAAUGCCGGAUACGUGAAAACUUUUCGUUGCUUUGUGGUGCAAGUCCAUUUGUCCGUUUUGGAAUUGUUGCAGGGUCGUUGGCUGAAAAAAUCACUAUCCGGUGUUUUUUGGUGCUAUGGAGAUUCAGGUGUUACUUUGAACUACGAUUCGUGUUUGCAAAAGGACUGAAUGCUGCCGAAAUAAUAUCACUUUUGUCAGGAGCGAGAGACACAAUUUACAGUCAAAAUGAGGUCUUUACUGUACCUGUCGUUUGGAGUAUUUUUCACUUCGGUGUUCUUUAUAACAUCUGGUAAUACGACCACUUCGACAUCGAGCAACGCUCUGGGUGGUAAUGCUGUGACCGAGGAUCCUGAAUUCACAGAUGUCAUUGAGAAUAUCACAGUGCCAGCGGGCAGAAACGUCAAAUUAGCAUGUUCUGUGAAAAACCUAGGACCUUAUAAGGUCGCUUGGAUGCAUUUCGAACAAUCUGCAAUUUUAACUGUACAUAAUCAUGUGAUUACGCGCAAUCCACGCAUCAGUGUAACGCACGACAAACACGAUAAGCAUCGAACCUGGUUCCUGCAUAUCAACAACGUUCAGGAAGAGGAUAAAGGUCGUUACAUGUGUCAGAUAAACACCGUAACAGCCAAAACACAAUUUGGAUACGUUCACGUUGUUGUUCCACCCAACAUAGACGACUCUUUAACGUCGAGCGAUGUGAUAGUGCGUGAAGGUUCUAAUGUAACGCUGAGGUGUCGUGCGUCAGGAAGCCCUACGCCGUCCAUCAAAUGGAAACGAGAUGAUGGCAGCAAAAUUUCGAUUCGAAAGGAUGUCACAGAAGUGACGGAAUGGGAAGGCGAAAGCUUGGAACUUUAUAGGAUUUCAAGGACAGGAAUGGGUGCCUAUUUAUGUAUUGCAUCAAAUGGUGUGCCACCAAGUGUCUCGAAACGUAUUAAAGUCAGCGUGGAUUUUGCUCCUAUGGUAUGGAUACCGCACCAGCUUGUAGGCGUUCCCAUGAACUAUAACGUUACCCUAGAAUGUUUCAUUGAGGCGCAUCCUACAUCCCUCAAUUACUGGACUCGAGAAAAUGACCAAAUGAUUUCGGAGUCGACCAAGUACAAAACGGAAACAAUCCCUGGCACGCCUUCGUAUAAGGCCACGAUGCGACUAACGAUCUCGAACGUCGAGAAAAGCGAUUACGGCAGUUACAAGUGUGUCGCCAAAAAUCCUCGCGGUGAAACUGAUGGCACCAUUAAGCUGUACACGUCAAGUCCACCAACAACGCCAGCACCACCAACUACAGAGACAACUCAACGCAGGGAUACCACAACCACGAAAAUGGUUUUCAACACACCAAUCUAUGGUCAAUCAGCAACGAAUUCUGUGGUUCUUUUUGAAAAAGGCACGAAAUAUCAAUCCAACCUUAAUGAAAUCGACAAAUCAGAGCAAAAAUCUUCAAGUGAAGGUGCGAAAGGAUAUGAUUGGUCCCCGCAAGAUGACCGUUCUCGAGGACAUCGGACUCUCAACGUCCAGAGCGCAUAUCUUCCUGUAGCUGGCAUUCUUUUCUUAAUCUCUGUCACAAAACUAAGCUCAAUUCUAAGCAACAUUUCAAAAACAUAGGUAACCCUAAGAUAUAGUCCUUAGAUAAUAACUAAAUUAAAAUGAAUUAUGAAAAAUCAAACAAAUGAUGGAUAUUUAUGAAAUUAUUAUGAAUACAAAGGUUAUAAAACGAAAUGAAAACGGAAAUGCCUAAUAAAGAGUAAAAUACAAAACUAUUUUAUACACACGAAGUAAAACUAAUUAUACAUUUUAACCGAGCAGAGAGAAAGUUUGUGCAAUGAUAUUAAUAUUAUUCUGUUAAACGGAGAAAGCUGAUUAUCAGUAAAUGUAAAAUACGACACUGUAAAAAGUAUUUAAAUGGUGAUUUCACAUAUGAAGUAGUGCCACGUGUAACUAUUAAACCAAAUCAUUACAAUUUAAGUUUCCUUGGUAUAAUUUUCAAAAUUUCUUUUCAAAUGAUUCAGGGGAAGGUUAUUUCCAAUGAACUUAGUCUAAAUUUAUGAACGGUCGUGUCACAGACAUGCAAACAUUUUUUAUGGAAUUUAUUUUGUUUACACGUUUUCUUACAUAUAAUUCGAUGCCUUCAAAAACUCGAGUUUAUUUCUCCAAAACUUCUGAAGUUCAUACGUUUGGUUUAAUUAUUCCGCAGAAUAUAGCAAAUAUAUGACAUAUUUUAAUAAAAUCGGUUUCGCGGAAGAUUAGUGCAAUCAUGCGGAGUUGUUACUUUCGAAAGGCUAAAUUGCAUGCAUGCAUCGAAUGGUUGCAGUUUAAAUGCCGCUACAAAUUGCUGCAAACGUAAGCGCCAGAUAUGCGAGAGAGAUAGCGCGGAUAGUAACAAAUUGACGGACUAGGGAGCUAGUUCGCAAUAAGUAGAUAUUGUAAAUAAACGUGAAUAAAACAAUUAUAUCGUAAGAGGAGAAAAUAUGAUAUUACUAUAUCAAAACAUUA